CUCUAAUUGCUGUUUCUUUUCUUACUUCAAUUCCUAGAGUGCCCUGCCGAGUGCAUAGGCAGCUUCAAAAUGGGCGCAGACGGUCCCCAAAGCGAGGCCACCGACCUUGGUGCGCUAUGGACCAAAGCCAUCCUCGACUACAAGAACAAGACCGGCACAGAUCUAACGCACAUGAAGGCGAUGAGCAUGAGCCAGGUCCAGCAGAAUGCAGAGGGUAGCAUGCAGAAAUUCAAGUCCUUCCGUCACGGGGGCGGUAAGAUGGAUAAGGUGCGGACUGCAUUCGGGAACCAUCUCGACGCCAUGCAGAAAUGCAUGGCUGGAAUCGAAGCAGUCGGUGCGGCCGCGGGAGCGUUUCCGCCAGCGAUGCCUGUUGGGCUCAUCUUCAUGGCUGCUGGACGUUUGCUAGCGGCAUUUGCGGGCGUUAAGGCGGAUUACGACAAAGUCGAGCAGUUUUUCGCUGUCUCGAAUCGCUUCUUUGAUCGCCUGUCGUUGAUCGAAAAUAAAGGCGCCGGACAUGGUCCGAUGAUGCGAGCGAUUGUGCGCGUCUUCUCUGCGCAGCUCUCGAUAUGCGGGACGGUCGAGGCGAAGAUUAAGGAGAGCGCUUCUCGAUUGAAGCAAUUCUUCAACAACCUCUGGAACAUGGAGGAUCCAGAACUUGCAGGCCAGUACGGCAGCAUGCAAAACGCAAUCGAAGAGCUCGACCAGACAGUUGGCUACGCCAGCUAUGCCGCGAUUAAGGACACGCAGGAUGUGACUGAGGAGAUGAGCUCCAGCAUUGACGAAAUCGAUGCAAACAUCAAGAAGUUCCGUGACCAAUUGGGACAAGACGUGCAAAAGCUUUAUGAAAGUAGCCUCGACAUCAAAGCCGAAAUCAGCGUUCUUCGCACUGACCAGCGGGCGGGAUUCUCUUUUGUGACCGAGCAGAAUAGUACUUACCACGCUGAAACAAUCAAACUCUUGAAGAGUAUACAGUCGACGCAGCUAGAGAAGAGUAGACCCGUUGGUCAGGGAAGCAAGGCCAAACAGCAGAAAGGUUCCGGCAAAGGUGAUGCUGGAGACAAGAAGAACAAGGCGCUCAAAGGCAUCAAGAACUUUUUCGACGGGAAAUCGGAGGUUUUCCCUGAAUGGAGAGAUGCGCACAAAGAGAAUGCUGCCCAGAAUCGGGAGAUGAAAGAGUCGUGCAUUGCCAAAACCGGUGAUUGGCUCUUGGAGACUGAAGAGUUCCAGAGCUGGUCAGACGGCAAGAAUCCAUUCCUCUGGCUGCACGGCUCGGAGGGAAUAGGAAAGUCGUUUUUGGUGCAGGCAGCGCUGCAGAAGUUGUCCGCCAGAGAAGACGCCACGGUCGCGUACUUCUACUUCAAGGAAGACUUUGCCUAUCUGCAGUCAGUCCAGAAUGCUUUCGCCAGCGUGGCCAUGCAAAUCGCAGAGCAAGAUGCGAAGUAUGCUGAAUCGGUUGCUGCCAAGUUGAAAGACGCGGAUAGCUCCCCAGACACGCCCACCUGGAAGCGUUUCUUCCUCCAGCCUUUCCCGUCCAGCUCCAGCAAUACGGAGCAAUUGUUCAUCAUUUUCGAUGGCCUGGACGAAGCUCCCGAGCAGCAAAGGCAGGCUUUGCUAGAAUUCGUGGACAACCUCAAGGAAGAAGCUUCAAGGGUUCAUGUCAUGGUCACCAGCCAGCCUACCAGUCUGAACAACGUCGAAGAACUCAACCCGCUCACUUUGGAGGUCACGAAGGAGCUGAUGACGCAAGACAUUCGAUACUUGGUUCGUGAUCGGUUGAAAUCUCUAGCUCGCCUUAGGAAAUUCAGCCUUCCUACGAAGAAAUACAUUCGGAAGAGAGUCGUUGCCCAAGCCGAUGGAAUGCUGUACGUUGAACACAUGCUUCGCCGCCUGUCGUAUAUUGGACGAGAGGGCGCCGUUCGAAAGGAUCUCGAGAACAUGCCCGAGAACUUACACGCCCUUUACAAGCUCAUGCUUGACGAAUGCCGUCGGUAUCGAACGCCAGAGCAGUACGAAGCUCUGAAGAAACUGUUCGCCUGGCUCGCGUUCUCAAAGCGCUCGCUCAGUCUUGCAGAAGCAUCCGAGCUUGUCAAACUUACCAUCAAGGAUAAAGACGACGACUUCGACGUCGAGGCAGAGACAAUCGGUAGAUCUGCUAGGCUCUUAGAACUGUCGGGCCCGCGCACCGCUGAGGACGAGACGAAAGACGAGACAAAGGAUGACGAUAACGAUGACGAAGGAGAAGACCAGAUCACCGAGAUCGACGACAAGGAACGAUCAAUCACCUUCCAAGAACGAUCGCUCCGACAGUACUUCAAAGCCCUCAGCGUCGAAGAAAACCACGGCGAAGAGCUCCGGACUCCAGCCUCUGCCGCCCACUUGACGAUCCUGACAAUGUGCAUCGACGUCCUCAUGGACUCUGCAAAACUGGGCGUCACUGCACCCGAUGAUUCGAUCCUCGAAAUCAGGGGCUACGCUCUCAAAUUCUGGCACGAGCACUUCAACGAAAUCGAUCUAGAGUCCGCGUCAGGUGAGGAUCUCGCGCGCGUCCUAGCCACCCUCAAGAAAGUCCUCACAAAUGAGAACAACAUCGCAAACCUGUUCCAAAGGACAAUCUACGCCGCAACAGCGUACCCCGAGAGGAGUGAGGAGGGUACACGCCCAUGGUACGACCGAGUGCAGCCGUGGGCUGCGAAGGCCGUGACGAACUCCCCUCCCGAACUCGAUCCUGAAGUGAAGAGCUGGGCCGCCGACAUUGCUGGGGACUCCGGCGAACUCCUACUCCCUCUCGCACAGGGACACUUGAACGAUUGGAUCGUGCAGAACGAAGCUUUCUUCCUUGGCGAAGCGUACCUCUUCGCGCAGGAGACCUUAAAGCUGUGCAAUAGAUUCACGCCCGCCGAAGACGACCCGAAGGCAGAAAUCUUCUCGAUCCUCAAUGCGUUUGGCGAGAGAGAAGAGAACUUCCAGACUCUGCGCGCCAUCGGAUUUCAGCUCGACAACGCGUCAACGACGUUGGAAGACGAGCGCAAAUUAGAGGUCCAACAGGAAGCAAUCGACUACCUCAACAAGAGCAUCGAAACGACAGGAGAUGAUUUCUUCGAGAAGAGCGCCACGUACAUGCUUCUCAUCUUGUGUUACGCCCGCAAGUUAGACUGGCAAAAGGCGAUCGACAGUACCGAGAACUCCCUCUUGUACUUCAAGAAGGCACAUGAAGGCGCAACGCCGGAAAAACUAAAGGUCCUCGAGGGGUUUGUCUACGAAUGGUGGUUCUACACGGAGAAGGCUGGUUACCUGGAUAAGGCGGGCAGCAAGGACGAGGCAUUGGAAAUGUACAACGAAGCCAGGAGAUUGGUCAGCAGCACCAAGGAGGAGAUCCUCGAUGGUUGGUAUCUCGACGAGAUCACGAGAAUCCUAGACGAGUCUGUCGAUCCUGACGGCCAACGCUUGAUGAAGGUUCUGAAAGAAUGGACCGAGAAAGAGCGGAACGCAUGGGUCACCUACUGCAUUAACUUGAAUCUCGGCAUCGACGUCUUGGGCAGGAUGUAUCGCGCCGCGAAGUUGACCGGGGAGAUGGAUCUCGUGAUCGAAUGGUUGGUCACCAUCGAGAAGACGAUCCCGCCCAAAUCCUUCCUCGCCUUCAAGUUCAAGUUGACGUUGGCGGAGGUGCAUUCCAAAGUCCUCAAGGACGACGAGAAGGCGAAAGAAGCGCUCCACGCCGCGUUGGAAAUGCACCCCAAAGUCGACGGCAGCGACGAGGACGCCGUGACAUUUUUCAUCUCAUCCGCUCGCAUGGAUCUCGCCGCGUUGAUCUGGAACCAGUUCCGCGCCUCGUCCGACCCAGAGCGCAAAGAGGCUCUGUUGGGCGAGAUCAAAAGUCUCCCCGGCAUGCGCACAGAAGACGAGUUGCGGGAGUCUCACAUUGGAAUGUUAGUCGCGAACAUGCUGCGCAUCAUGGGGCCGGCAAGGGAAUAUCACAGGCAGAUGCAACUCAUUUUCAAGACCUGUAUUGACGGACUUGAAGACGAUGUUUCCUACAACGACAGCGAUUCGCUCAGAUUGUUGGCAAAGGUCUUGAGUUCGUUGGAUGGACUCGAGCAUGAUGCAAGGAUUACUAUUUCUUCGCAGUUCUCUAUCAUGGACCGUAACAUUCACGACAAUGAGAGCUCGAACGCUGGUUCCGAGAACGGAGACGGCAGUAACGCGGGUGAUGAUGCUGAGGGAGCUCCUGAUGUUGAUGCGGUAAAUGAGGAGCCUUCACCCGAAGCCAACCCCGAUGGAGGAGAAGCAAAGGCAGGGAACGGUGAAGGUCAAACUUCAGCAGACAUGAAGCCAGAAGAGAAAUCAGUAGAAGAACCCCCGAAACAGGAGCGUCACGACACGCCACUCGAUGGUUCCGAGUCGCCUCAAGUCAAUGGCAGCACAGACAACAAAGAGGCUACGAGCGAAAAUGUGGACGAAAGCAAAGCAGACAGCACCGAUGUUGACAACAAGGAUGGCGACAAGCCUGCAGAGGGCGAAGCCAAUGGCACCGAUGCCGAAGCAGACAAGAGCGAUGAGGAAGGCGACGAAGAGAAAGAGGACGAGGACGAGGACGACCAGGACAUUGGAGAGUACUACGUUGGCUGCGACGGCGGCUGCGGAACUUCCAUCUCCAGAUACACCGAGUCCUUCUACCUCUGCCUCGUCUGCCCUAACGUCGACCUGUGCGAGGACUGCCACACGAAGCGACAAGCCUGGAACCGCGGCGAGAGCGAACCAUCAUGGCAGAGCUUCUGCGGCGACCAUCACCAUUACAUCAAGACGCCCAUGAAGAAUUGGAGGGGUAUCAAGGACGGUGUGAUUAGGAUUGGAGAGGAGGAGACGACUGUGAAGGAGUGGAUUAAAGGGCUGAAAGAGGAGCGGUGGCCGGCAGCGUGGAAUAAUUACUGGACGAGGCAGAGCGGGUUGAAGGAUAUUGACGAUGGGGAAUGAUUAAUGAGGUCAAGAUACUAUGGAAUUGUGUAUUUGAGCGAGCGUUAAGAGCGUUGACUUCUUGAUACGACUGGAAAGCAUCUAGGCAAUAUGAAAAGCACUUAGCAAAUGGC